GCUGCAUUUGUUUGGUCAAGAAAUUUAAGUUACGAAGAAAGUGUCUGUGUACCUCUUCGUGUUACUACUCUCAUAAAUGUCACCGCCGAUGCGGUGAACAUUCUCCUCCCAAAUCCGCACAAAAAUGCAGGAAACGCUGCUCACUCCGUCGGAGCAGCAGCAGCACCACAGUAAUGCAGGGAACAAAGAAGCCGGAGAAGAAGAGAAGAACAGGGAAAUCGUACUGGUGCCAUUACCGCCGUGCCGUCGACCACCGCGGACACGGCGCGUGUCGCCGGUGGAGAAGGAGCUCGGGAACGGCGACGUGUACAGCGGGAGCCUCUGCGGGAACGUGCCGCACGGGAGGGGGAAGUACGUGUGGUCAGACGGGUGCAUGUACGAAGGCGAAUGGAAGGGCGGAAAGCCGUGGGGGAAAGGGAGGUUGUCAUGGCCGUCGGGCGCCACCUACGAGGGGGAGUUCGUCUCCGGUCAGAUUUCGGGUCAAGGCACAUUCGUCGGGUCGGAGGGGGAGACCUACCGCGGGUCGUGGGUUUCAGACAGGAAGCACGGGUUGGGGGAGAAGCGGUACGGUAACGGCGAUGUCUACGAAGGGUGGUGGCGGUGCAACCUGCAGGAGGGUGAGGGGAGGUACGUGUGGAAGAAUGGAAGCGAGUAUGUGGGGGAGUGGAAGGGUGGAGCUAUGACGGGGAAUGGUGUUCUGGUGUGGCGGAACGGGGACCGUUACGACGGGUUUUGGGAGAAUGGGGUUCCGAAGGGGAAUGAAGAGGAAGAGAGGGGUGUGAUUGUGAAGAAGAGGGUGUCAGUGGAUGGUUCCAAGAGUGUGGAUUUUCCCAGGAUUUGCAUUUGGGAGCUUGAUGGUGAAGCUGGAGAUAUCACUUGUGACAUUGUGGAAGCGCCUAUGUUUCACAGGGAAGUUGGUAGUGGUAGUGAAUCAGAGAAUGGGGGUGGUUUUGAACAGUUUCAGAGAAGCCCUGUUUGUUCUAUUGAUGGAGGAGAUGUUAAGAAACCUGGUCUUACUAUUUCCAAGGGGCAUAAGAACUAUGAUUUGAUGCUUAAUCUUCAAUUGGGAAUUAGAUAUUCUGUCGGGAAACAGGCUUUGGUGCUGCGAGAGCUUAAGCCAGGGGAUUUCGAUCCGAAGGAGAAGUUUUGGACGAGGUUCCCUUCAGAAGGGUCUAAGGUUACACCGCCGCAUCAGUCAGUGGACUUCAGGUGGAAAGACUACUGUCCUGUGGUGUUCAGACAUCUAAGGGAAUUAUUUGCCAUAGAUCCUGCGGAUUACAUGCUGGCUAUUUGCGGCAAUGACGCGCUUAGAGAAAUGUCUUCUCCUGGCAAAAGCGGAAGCUUCUUUUACCUCACUCAGGAUGAUCGGUUUAUUAUCAAGACCUUGAAGAAGUCUGAAGUCAAGGUGCUCAUUAGGAUGCUUCCAAGUUACUAUCAGCAUGUUUCUCAGUACAAGAACUCUCUUGUUACAAAAUUCCUAGGCGUUCAUUGUGUCAAACCUAUUGGAGGUCAGAAGACACGGUUUAUUGUGAUGGGCAAUGUAUUUUGUUCGGAGUAUCGGAUUCAUAAGCGGUUUGAUCUUAAAGGUUCUUCUCAUGGUCGGACAGCCGAUAAACCACAGGAGGAGAUUGAUGAGACUACCACUCUUAAAGACCUUGAUCUUAGUUUUCUCUUUUGCUUGGAACAGUCUUGGUUUCAAGUGCUUAAAUGGCAACUUGACAGAGACUGUGAAUUCCUGGAAGCAGAGGGGAUAAUGGAUUACAGUUUUCUGAUUGGCCUUCAUUUUCGUGAUGAUUACUCAGGUGAUGAAUUAAAAAGUUCACGGAAUGAGUUGUGCUCAGAUUUUUCAGCCAAGAGAGAUAUGAAAAAUGACGACAUGCAGGAUAUGAGAUGGAUGCCUAUAGGCCGGGGACCUUCAAUCCGGCUAGGAAUAAACAUGCCUGCCAGAGCCGUGAGAGUGUGUAAAACUAGACUGGAUCAGCACACAAUUACUGGAAGUAGCAAUUCUACCCCUUCAGAGAGUAGUGGUGAGAUUUCUGAUGUAAUCCUCUAUUUUGGUAUCAUUGAUAUUCUCCAAGAUUAUGAUAUUAGUAAAAGGCUAGAGCAUGCAUACAAGUCACUGCAACUGGAUCCCGCAUCCAUCUCAGCCGUUGAUCCCAAGCUAUACUCCAAAAGGUUUAGGGAUUUCAUACGGAGAAUCUUUGUAGAGGACAAAUGAAAUGCUCGGAGAGGUACUAUUGGAAUCUUACCGGGACCAACUGGGGCAUGGCAACACCUAAAUUAUCAAGGUAUAUGAGCUAAUGCUGCAAAGUGCAAACAUUGGUGAUAUAAAGCUUAGACAAAGAUAUUGGUGUUAGAAUCAAAUCUAAGUUUGGAGGGGAGGCCUUGUUAGUUGAUGGCUGAAUGCAUGUUUGCAAAUUCUUCUACAAUUGAUAUUUUAGCCUGAAUCAAUCAAUUCUGUGGAGAGAAGCUUCUGUAAGCCUGAGUUUCAGAACUGAUUCCGAGGUAAAUGAAGUUGAUCCAAACAUGCACAUUCCAAAUGGAAUGGUUGAAAUAGGUGGGGGUUGGGGGAGACUGGUAGAUUGACAAAGCACCAAUUUUUUUAUUAAUUUUGGGGAGAGAUUGUAACAUUAUAGUUAGUUGUAAAUGUAAUGCAUCAUGGGGCAUGUGAUGAUGAGAUACUCUUUCCUUAUUGCUUUUUUUGUGGUAGUGGAGAAGGGUAUAUGUAUAUAGGGAAUAGAAAAAUGAAUAUGCAUGUGGAGGUAUUCAGAUUUGACUGGGGUGUGGGUGAAAUAACUGUGUUGGGAGGAGACAGUCAAAGAUGGAUUAUUGAAAUUGAAUGAGCAUAGAUAUUUGGUUUGCCUGUGGAUCAAGAAAGAAAAGUUCCCAUGGAGGACCCUCUUCUUCUGUUCUGUCUCUUUCUAUGCGGGGCUGCAUUCAAAUGGGGCUUUUCACUUUUGCAGUGAGUAAAGCAUGAAAAGAAGAGAAAAGUGCAGGCAAAGAAAGAGUUGGGUGUUUCCUCGGUUCAUGUUGUUUCUUUGUCACUCCAUAAGACCAUAAACGAAGUUUGAAAAAGCAGAAUGACAAUAAUACAAGGGUAUGUCCUUUUUGCUUCUUCUGAACAAUACCAAGAAACAAAUCAAGGUGGCAAACGCAGUGAAUUUGGGCACAUAACGUGGCCCACUUUGGUACGUGAGAGUGAUGGCUAUUAUUCCUUUCCUGCAUGUUGUGCUGUCAUAUAUUCAUGUUUUAACCCGAUUGUUUCUCA